AUGUUUUUAAAACCUAGACAAAUAAUUAAAUUAGGAUAUCAAAAUUACCGUGUCGUAAGUAGUAGACUAUAUGGAGCUCGAAAGGCAGUUGCAUCUGUUUCUACAGAAGGCAUAAAUAUAAGCGACAGUUGUGUACAGAGGCUAAAACAAUUAUGUACUAACGAAGACAAUUUCCUGAGAGUGUGUGUGGAGAGUGGUGGCUGCUCGGGAUUUCAAUACAAAUUCGAUUUAGAUACAAAAAUAGCUGAUGAUGACAAAAUAUUUGAAAAAGAUGGAGUCAAAGUAGUAAUAGACGAGACGUCUUUGGAUUUUAUUAAAGGUUCAACGGUGGAUUACCAUACUGAGCUCAUCAGAGCGGCUUUUAGAAUUACACAAAAUCCAAAUGCCGAGUUAGGUUGCUCGUGUGGUGCAAGUUUUUCUGUAAAACUCGAUUAG